CCUCGCCCCCUGUCCAGGAGACAAUAUAAAACAGGCCAGAGCCCUCUUGUCUGUCUAUUCAGCUCAUCCCAGGAGGGAGCUGCUCCAGGAACCGAGACGCCAUGCAGCCCCGGGUCCUCCUCGUCGCUGCCCUCCUGGUGCUCCUGGCCUCUGCCCGAGCUCUGGAGGCAGAGGACCCCUCCCUGCUGGGCCUUAUGCAGGGAUACAUGCAGCACGCCACCAAGACCGCCCAGGACACGCUGACCAGCGUGCAGGAGUCCCAGGUGGCCCAGCGGGCCAGGGGCUGGAUGACGGACAGUUUCUCUUCCCUGAAAGACUACUGGAGCACGUUUAAGGGCAAGCUCUCUGGGUUCUGGGAUUCAGCUUCUGAGGUCCAGCCAACUCCAGCCUUGGAAACCUCUUGAGACCUCGACACCCCAAGUCUUCCAGCCCAUCCUCCUUGCCAGCUCUUUGGACAGUCCCGAAAGUCACUUGAGAGUGACAGCAUUCUCACCUCCCACCCCAGCCCAGACCUGGCCCAGCCCCAAGCUUGUUGUCCUCCCAAUAAAGCUGGAUGAGAAGCUGC